GGCAACCUGUGCCUGCCAAUCGCUGCGCCUCCGGGACAGCUCCGCCCCCAGUAGCACGUGGCACGCGAGGAGGCGGGUCUUUUUCCCCCAGGCGUUUGGGGGGGUAGGCGGGGCUUGCAUGGCACGCUCCGCCCAGGCUCCUCCCGCCCGGUCGGGUAGAGGGACGCCUCGGCCGGACCCCGAGCAGUGGACUUGCCCCUCGCUGCGCGCUGCUUCCUUUUGCUCUCCCCGCGGCGGCUCCGGUCUCGCUGCUCGACAUGGCAAGGGGUCUCCCGCCCAGGGCCCGGCCGGGGCCGCAGGGGCCUCCCGCCCGCGCCUCCCUCGGCCCCUCCGUCCUGCUCCAGCUGCUGGUGCUGGUGCUGCUGCCCGGGGCGUUGAGCAUCGGCCUCUACUCGUCCGAGGACCCGCUGGUGCUGCUGGCGGCGGACACGGUGGAGCGGAGCGUCUUCAAUUCCAGCAGCGCCUGGGUGGUCGAGUUUUACGCCUCCUGGUGCGGCCACUGCAUCCGGUUUGCCCCCACCUGGAAGGAGCUGGCCGGCGACAUCCAGGAUUGGAGGCCUGCCGUGAUGCUCGGUGUGCUAGACUGUGCUGAGAAGUUCAAUCAGAAAAUAUGUUCAGACUUUGGAAUCACUGGCUAUCCAACUUUGAAGUUUUUCAAAGCAUUCUCUAAGAAACCUGAUGAUGGCAUAAGACUCUUCCAUCAUGGCGAUGACAUUCGGAGCCUCAGGGAGUCCAUCAUCACCACAAUGGAAAGACAUGAAGAGGUGUGGCCUCCAACCUGCCCACCUCUGGAGCCAAUCAGUGCAGCAGAAUUUCAUGGCUUCUUCCGGGCAUACAAUGUCACAUAUUUGGCCCUAAUAUUUGAGAAGGAAGACUCAUUUUUGGGCAGAGAGGUAACGUUGGACAUGCUCCAGUUCGAGAACCUUGCGGUACGGCGUGUCCUGAAGAGCAAUGAAGAGCUAGUGAGGCAUUUCAACGUCACCACCUUCCCAUCUGGCUUUCUGCUUGUUAACAACGGCUCUUGCAGUAUCAUCCCUGUGCAUAUGGACUCGAGACCGCUUUAUACUGACUUCUUGCGGCGACUGCCUGGUGUCAUGAAAGGAAACACCUUCAGACCCACUAUGCUACCCAGUGCAGAACCACAGACUACCACUGCACCGUGGAGAGUAGCAGACAGGAAGAAGUUGUAUAUGGCUGAUUUGGAAUCUGCAGUGCUUUACACUCUAAGGGUGGAAGCAGCACGAUUCUCUCACCUUGACGAGGAACGCCUCUCUGCCCUGAAGCAGUAUGUGACUGUGCUGGUCAAGUACUUUCCUGGACGUCUUGUAGUCAUGAACUAUCUUCACAACCUCGACUUGUGGCUGAGACCAAGGACAAAUGUUUCACAGAAUAAUUGGGAGGAAGCUCUAAGGAAUAAAGCAGAGCUUCCGUACGCCAGGUUGCCAGAAAAUCCACUCUGGGUAGGAUGUCAAGGAAGCAAACCUGAGCUCAGAGGCUUUCCAUGUAGUCUCUGGACUCUCUUCCACCUCCUGACAGUGCAAGAAGCUCUGCUUAGUCCUAACCAUGCCUCACCAUCAGAGGUCCUUCCUACAAUGAGAAGAUACGUCCAGUACUUCUUUGGCUGUCGGGAGUGUGCAGAACACUUUGAAGGCAUGGCAGCAGAGUCCAUGCACAAAGUGAAGAACAAAGAUGGUGCUGUUCUCUGGCUUUGGUCAAGGCAUAACAGGGUGAAUGCCCGCUUAGCAGGUACUGCAAGUGAUGAUCCCAAAUUUCCUAAGAUCCAGUGGCCUCCUCAAGAUUUGUGUUCAUCAUGCCAAAUAAUCAUCAAUGGAAGGCGUAUGUGGGAUGAGAGGGAAAUCUUAAGGUUCUUCAAAGCUUAUUUUUCACGGCACAAUAUAUACUUGGAUUUUAUAAAGAGGGAGCACCCCAGAAUGGGUCGAGAUGUUGAAAAGAAAGACCCUGAAGCUGAGGGAAAGCUAAAGGGGGGAGGAGGUAGAGAUGAGAAUCACAGAAGAGGUGAAGAGGAGUUUGAGGAAGACAAGAAGGGGACAGAGAAACCAGAGCAAGGGGAAGUGCUGAAGAAGAAGAAUGGCUUGGAAAGGUUAGGCUUGAUCGAGCUACAUAAGCCAAGUAUUAUCAAGAUGAGCACAAAAGCCAAAGAGCAAGAGGAAGAAAUUGUUGAUCUUGAUAUCUUCAGUGAGCAGCACUACAAGAGCAAGGCCUUGAAGGUGGCAGGCCAAGCUAGCAGGUGGCACAGGCGGAAUAAGAGAGACACUGGCCUGGUGCUGAUGGAGGAUGAAGGGCAGCAGCCUUUUGAUGAUGAUGCCACCUGGGAGCGGCUGAAAGAUAAAGGCUGGAGAGCGCAGCAGCUCAUUGGGUCCAUGGGGGAGGAGAUUGAAAAAGAGAGUGAUGGAUUCGUCGUAAGGAAGAACCAGUGGUUCCGUAUACUGGGAGUGGGUUUUUCCCAGUUGGAUAUCAGCUUGUGUAUUGUUUUGUACUUUCUCUCCUCUAUGUGUUUGUUAGGCAUGUACACCUUUUUCCGCAUGCGUAUGAGGUAUCGCAAGGGGCGGUCAGGCUUCCCAGUUGCCUGAGAAAAAAGCCAAAGCACGGCAGCCAUGGGACAGGGAAGAGGCUGGUGUGUACCUGCUUGAUGUUAUGACUUUUCAGCCAUAAUUCAUACUCUAGUUGCGGAUACACAAAUGCAAGAACACACAGGUCAGAUGUGAAGGGUGCAUGUUCAUGUUGUAUGUCACUUGGCACUAUAUUAUGUAUGGAAAUGGCAACUAGGAGAGAGAAUUGGUACUUCUGUGUAUUAAGACCAACACAGUGAAUAAAACAAUACCUGGUUCCAUUAUAGUUGCCGUAUGUGUGUACCCUGCAUUUCUGUAUUCGUAUUAGAGUACAAGUUGUUGAUUGUCAAAGGGAGUGGGUUUAUUUUUUCAGAGCACAUACUGACAGUUUGAGACUUGAGGAAAAUGCUGCUUUUCUAAGUUGACAUCAUACAAUGAAGGCUCAAUUUUUAUGCCUGAUACAUGGGGGUAUUUUUAAGUCAUGUAGUAUCCUAGUGAUACCUCAGUCCUUAUUUCUUGAAUUCUAGCUAUAGAAGCACAGUCUAAAAUAAUGAGUUGCAAAAUGCCUUGAUCUGUUCUUACUAAACUGGACUCAAAAUUUUCUGAGCCAUUAUCAAACUACCUUCAAUAAAGCCAGUGUGUUUUGCUGUGUAUGCAGCGGAUGUUAAAACAGCACCCCUCUCCCUUUAAACUGCUGUUUGGGUACUAAGUGUAAGUGGCUUAAAUCUGUAGCGUGGUUGCCAGAAAUGGUGGAGCUCAGCACAUCUAUGGGAGUGCCCGUGAGCUGGAGUGUAGUGAAGUCAGGCCUGGACCUCUCAUUUGCCUCUUCUAUUCUGCACAUUUUUUUUCUGUGGAUCAGAAGACACGGCAUAGUAAACUCCACCACUGGUCUAAAGAAACAGGCUACUAAUGGUGGUCAGGAGUACAAGCUCUUUUCCUAACAAUCCUCUUUGCACAAUGGAAUACGUAAGGUCAAUAUAAGACAUUUCCCCCAUGAUCAAAAUGCCAGCAUUGUUCACUUUUUGCUACCUUCCUAGCAGCCUCUUUCACAGACUCCUCUCUCACAAUCUCUCUCCCCCUCCCAUGGUCUCUUAGCUCUCCCAGCUCCUAUUCAGGUAACCAGUCUGCCAACUGCAACUCUUAUUUUACCCACCACCAUUUCCAACCUAGUCCAUGACUUCCCAGAUACCUCUGCCUUCAGGCUAUUCUAUCAAUCACUCAAUUUGCUCUAAUACAUUGUGAUCAAUUUCCUAUAAUUCACUAGGAGGAGGAGUAGAAAUCAAUAGGAGAUAUAGGUGUAGGACAAACUGCCAGAAGGCUGCUUUUGGGGGGAUAUGACCAUAUGGUUCUAAGCUACCCACUGGCUGUCUCUGGCUUCUAUGUAAAAACACUUUUCAGCUAGAAAGAUGAUUGGAUUUAGGAGGCAGAUUGAAAAGAAAGAUCUAAUGUAAGUGGUAUCUUGGAACUUAUAAAGACUUCUUAGCCACCCUUUUUUGUUCCAUACUGUAAUUAAUUGCUAACUGGCCUUCAUUUUGAAGAAUUUUGAAGCACCACGCUGAAGAGAGGGAAACAGCAAGGUUUACUUUAAACAGUGGAACAGCCCCUGUCAAAUAAUGUAUUGGUGGUAAUGACACCUGAUGUCUGAGGGUAAGAAGUGAAUGGGCCUGACACAUUUCACUAGGAAAGUGAGACAGAGUGGAAAGAGAAAAAUGAUAAUAGCAGAGUCUUCAUCCCUGUAAUAACUUGCCUUUCAAAUAAGAUACUGUAAUGAAGAGCUUGCUAUAAUUAUUUCAGUCAUGUUCAUAAUGGAAAAAUAUGAAAAGAGAGUAGUUGAUGGUACAGGCAAAUAAAGUUCCAUUUGCUUUCCUCAGAGAACUGCAAUUCUCCCAAACUUUGCAUUGCUCCCUCAUCCCCUUAUUUUGACGUGCCUGUGAUUUUCAAGAAAACCUGUUCCUUUUUACACAAGUGCCUUCAUACGACUUAGUCCUCCUACUCACAAACUGUCUCAGCUGAUACAGUGCUGUGGCUAAAAAUAUGAGUGAUAAUGAUCUAGGAACUUGAUAAUUCUAUUCAAACCUUGUCUUGGUGGCCCUUGAACCAUCAAGGGAAGCUGUAUUCUUUCAACCGUAAGCCACUAUCCGCAGCAAGGGGAUAAUAAAUACUAACACCUUACAAAACUGUGGUAAGAAUAACCAAGGGUAUGUGAAGUACUUUCACUGGUUGAAAUCCACUGUGUGAUUUUUAUUGAUAUUAUUAUUGAGACUGACCUCCCCCCUACCCCACAAAUUCACAUAAAAUGUUUUUAACAGUGGCAUCUCCUGCACUGUUUUUCUUUAAUACAGUUCUGGUUACAGAAAGGUGGUGCCAAUUUUAUUCAACUUUAUGGUGUUCAUCUGUACUGUUAGAAAAGAAAUAUGCAGAAAAACAGAUGAAGGGAACAAAGCAUUAUUGUCUCAAUUUCUCUUCUCUUUCCCCAGCUGAUUGGAGGUUUUCAAUUCUUUGGUUUCUAUAUUAUUUAAAUUGGUCAGCUUCUGCAUUCCUUGUGCUUUUUUUCUUUCUCUUCCACUGUCCAGUUUGUGGGCUGGAUAACUCAGUCUUAGAUAACCAGGAAGAUUGUGUGAAUAAAGCUGGCAUCAUGUGAUGUCUACAUUCUGUAGACAAGAGAAUGGGACCUCAAAUGGUGUAGGCUCUUUGACAGAGUUGGGGAGCAGUAUGUGUGUGCCAAGGAGCUAUUAAGCUUUCUGAAAAUCUCUCCUUGAAGCAGACAGACCUUUUCUGGUGGUCAUUUUCCUUUCCAGAAUGUGACUGAGAUGAUGAUAAUUUAAAAAAAACAAA